AAAUGGAUCCUGUAUGUGAUUUGUGUAGUGAAGCGAGGGCAGUGGUGUAUUGUAAAUCAGAUUCAGCGAGGCUUUGCUUGCAAUGUGAUGACUAUGUGCACUCACCAAAUCUUAUAUCACGAAGACAUUCACGUUCUUUCAUAUGUGACAAAUGCAAUUCACAACCAUCAGUUGUGAGAUGCAUGGAUGAGGCAAUAAGCUUAUGUGAACGCUGUGAUUGGGAUGGAAAUGGCUGCAUCGGGACAGGGCAUCGACUCAAGAAGUUGAAUCCUUACACUGGAUGUCCCUCUCCUGAUGAGUUUACAAAGAUGUUGUCACAAGUUCUUGAAAUGCCUAUUGGUACUGACACUAAUUUUGGAAGCUUUGGUAAUUCUUUUUGUAGCUCAUUGAGUAUUAAUGAGAAUAAUAGCAGUUUGGAGACUAAAGUGAAUGAAGGUUCAUUUGUUCCUAGUAAGCUAAAUGAGUUAGCUUCUAAUUAUAAGUUUGAAGCAGUGUGGGCAAUUCCUCUCGAACCAAAUUACCUGACUUCCUAUCACCCAGAUCUGACACCCUUCUCAGAGGGAUCUGCCCUUUCUAAGAAAGAUUGUCCGAUUAAGGAUCUUGGAUUACAGGAAGGUGAUGUUCUCUCAAAAGGUGUUGAUUUUGAUGAUGUGACAUUGGAUUUCAACUGUGGUUAUGAGAUUUUGCCCAAUUCACUACUGACUGGAUUCUCCGAUGAAAACAAGGAAUUAGAUUGCUUAGUCAUGGAGAAAAAUUCAUCCGUCACAGGAUCUAAUAACGUGGAAACAUCUCACGAGGCAACAUCUUCAGUGCAGCAAGAGUAUAUGGGGUUGCAGUCCUCACAAAUGUCUGCAGCUGCGAGUUCAACAAAUCUAUUGCAGACAAUGAGUGCCAAUGCUAAUUGUAUGCUUAUGAAUUCCAAUUGCAACGGAAGCAUUGGCGCCUUACCCUUUCUACCUGCACCAAUUCAUCCAAGCAUGUCAUUAUCACUCUCCAACAUCACUGGAGAAAGUUGUGCAGAACAAGAUUGUGGAUUGUCAGCGGGGUUUCUGAAUGAAGCACCAUGGGAUUUGAGUUUGGAAAAUUGUCCACAGAAAAGGCAUGAAGCCAAGAUGAGAUAUAACGAGAAAAAGAAAACUAGAACGUUUGGUAAGCAAAUAAGAUAUGCUUCACGUAAGGCUAGGGCAGAUACCAGAAGACGAGUUAAAGGUAGAUUUGUUAAGGCUGGUGAAGCUUAUGAUUAUGAUCCAUCUGAAACAAGAGAUUUCUGAGAUAAGACGGCUGAUUUUGGUCUCCCUUCUACUUUGUCAACACUUACCAAUGUAUUAAGGCCUUUAAUGAACACUCUGAACAAGAAGAGGUUGUCAUGAUUUACAAUGGCCUAACUGGUAUUUCUACUAGACUGUUGCUUUCUCAUAGGAUCACACAGUCAGAUGAUACAAUUGCAAUAGGACUCUGCCUUUCCUGUGCAUUCUGAAGUCAGAAAACCUCAACGUAUGAUUUGUUGAGGUUUUCUGACUUCAAUGAAAUCCAUAUCCGGUGCCAUCUAAUAAGCUUCGACAUUAUGAGCACUUAGAUCGUUUGCUUUCACAUUUUCCUUCUCGUUUAAUAGACGAUUUCUAUUGAACUCGAGCUAUAUUCAUCUCAUUGAAUUGGCUUUAGCAAUUUUUUAAAUAAGGUAUUUUGAAGGACAGAACAACAACAGGGAUUUGUGGCCAAAAUGGUCACCUUAAUUUUCCCAAGUCUUAUUACAGUUAGAUACUUGUGGCACUGAGUGAGCAAUCUUGGUUUCCCUUGUGCUUGGAUGCUCU